CCUUCCCCCAUCUCCUUCGAACUCAACCUUUGACUUCCAGUUCGUAGACAAACUGAGUUUCUUGACAAGAAACGAAGAAGAAGAAGAAGAAGAAGACGAUGGUGGCCAGAAGCCCACCAAAGCUUCACCAGUGGAAAACUCCGGCGGCCCCUCUGGACCCCAUCCGCCUCCGGGAAACUCUCAAAAAGGUGGACAAGUGUGUGGCCAGAUUAGAAGAGCUGCAAUGCACUGUGACCGGAGGAAAGGGGAUUAUAUCUGGGGCGGGUCUUAGCCCUAGAAGCACCAGAGCCUAUUUAAGGGCCACCAGCCUCAGAUGCAAACAAGAUUCUAUCAGGAUCAAGAAUGGUUCUUCUAACAGAUCUCCUCGUGGAAAAUUGCCCGCGAAUGCAGCAGGAGAGUGGAAGAGGAUGUCAUUACCAGCAAUGCUGCUAGGAGAGACAGUGACUGAAAUCCUACAAGCAAGUCAGUUUGCAAGAGAGGUAGUGGAAGCAGCGGCUGCGGUCUCUGAUGACCCCAAAACCCCUCCGGUCACAAUCCGGCGAACCAAUAAGAAUCCUGGCCUGGAAAACUCCGAGCUGCGAGCUCGAAGAAAAAGGGAGAAGGAAGAGGUUAAAGCUGUCCCCCGUCCUUCUCUGAGACGCGCCCGUUCGCGCAUAAACUUCAAGGUCUCCCCUCCUCCACACAAGACAGAAGAAGAAUCACCAUCACCCCCAGCAGCAGCUUCACAGCAGCAGAAGACCAGCAGAACAAAGUCACCUGUUUUUUCAAGAACUGGUCAGCAAAAAACCCCACACAAGUUCUUGAUCAAGUCCCCGAAUCCGCCUUCCAGGAGGUUUCAGGUGAAGAUCAGGAGGAGCCCUCCAUUGUCUAUUUCCCCUCCUCCUCCUACAAGAGCUGUGGCUAAAGACAACAAGUCUCCAAAGAUUUCUACGGCUGGAAGGCUGAAAAGAUCACUUUCCCCUUCAAGGUUUGCAAACCGGAUGCUGUUAGCAUCUUCUUCGCCAUCAAAGAUUAGAAGAUCAUUUUCGCCAUCACGGCUGGCAAACAAGCUUGUUUCUCCAUUGAAGAGUAGGAGGAAGUCUGUGCAGAUAAACAGUGCUGAUGCUAUGAAGAUGAUGAUGAGCGGAUUGAAACAACAACCAUCAUCAACAAGUUCAUUGCCAAUGCAAUUCCCAGCUCGGAGAUUGUGAUUGUGAUUUGGUUCUUUUUGUUCCUUGCAUAUCGUUUUUCUUUUCCGUGUCUAUAUAGAAUUUUAGUUUCAUUGGUGGGUAUGAAUUUGUGUUCCAUUGUCUAUUAUGGCACACACCUUCUCUCAGAUUAACUGUGGGCACUUUACUUCCUCAAUCAAGGACAAUAAAACAUUUUAAUUCUU